CACACCACACCCAUGGCCUGCUACGACCGCUGCAGUCCCUGCGGACCCACCCCGCUGGCCAACAGCUGCAACGAGCCCUGUGCCCUGCAAUGCCAGGAUUCCCGCGUCAUCAUCAACCCUUCCCCUGUGAUGGUCACCCUGCCAGGACCCAUCAUGACCUCCUUCCCCCAGAACACCGCCGUCGGAUCCACCUCCUCGGCUGCCGUGGGCACUGAGCUCAGUGUGCAGGGACAGCCCAUCUCUGGGGGAUUUGGUGGCUUUGGUGGCCUUGGAUAUGGCCUUGGCUAUGGCCGUGGAUUUGGCUAUGGCCUUGGCUAUGGCCGUGGAUUUGGCUAUGGCUGUGGCUUCGGCUAUGGGCAGGGCUAUGGCUACGGCCUUGGCUGCUAUGGCAGAAGGGGCUAUGGCUACAACUACUAA